AUGAUAAUAUUCUUACCGCCAAUUGUUCUUUCACUUGUAGUAAAUUGCCCAUCAGUUAAAUUUUUAAUUUAUUCUUUUUAUAUUCUUUUUUCUUUUCUUCUUUUUUUUCUUCUUUUUAUUCUUUUUCUUCUUUUCUUCUUUCAACUUCUUCUUCUUCUUCUAUUUUUUUUUUUCUUUUUCUUUUUCUUCUUCUUUUCUUUUCUUCUUUUUUUUCUUCUUUUUAAUCUUCUUCUUUUUUCUUUCUUCUUUUUUUCUGUAUCUUUUCUUUUUACCAUUCUUUUUUUCUUUUUUCUUCUUCUUCUUCUUUUCUUCUUUUUUCUUUUUCUUUUUUUAAAAAAAAAAAUGGAAGAGUUUUUCUUUCUUUCAUUUUCUUUUUCUUUUCUUUUCUUUUUAAUUUUUUUCUUCUUCUUUAUUCUUCUUCUUUCUUCUUCUUUUUUUUUUUUUUUCUUCUUUUUCUUUUUUUUUCUUUUUCUUCUUUUUUUUUCUUUUCUUCUUUUUUUUUCUUCUUUCAUUUCUUUUUCUUUUUUUUUUCUUUUUUUCUUCUUCUUCUUUUUAAAGAAAUUUUCUUUUUCUUUUUUUUCUUUUCUCCUUUCUUUUUUUCUUCUUCUUGAUCAAUUCUUUCUUCUUCUUCUUUUUUUUUCUCUUCUUCUUUUAAUUUCUUCUUCUUCUUUUUCUUCUUCUUCUUUUCUUUUCUUCUUUAAUGAUUUUUUUUUUUCUUCUUUUUUCUUUUUUCUUUUUUUCUUUUUCUUCUUUUUUCUUCUUCUUUUUUAA